CAAGACAUGGGACGUCUCGUCGUCUGUUUACACUUUAGUGUUCACUCCUCUCAUUGCAGGGGCAACUCUCCUCACUCAUUUCAAGAGUUCUCAACAUGAACCAUAUACCACCACCACCACAAAGUCAUAUCUAAUACCUACCAACGACAACAACCAAGGGGCACAAAUGUGACCCAUACAACACCCAUCAUGGCGCCCACCUACCGCAUCGCCAUGGUCUGCGACUUCUUCUUCCCCCAACCCGGCGGCAUCGAAUCGCACAUCUACCAACUCUCCACCAAGCUGAUCGACCGCGGGCACAAAGUAAUCAUCAUCACGCACGCCUACGAAGGCCGAACGGGCGUUCGCUAUUUAACCAACGGGCUGAAAGUUUAUCAUGUACCGUUUCUCGUCAUCUACCGGAGCGCCACCUUCCCGACUGUCUUCUCGUUCUUCCCCGUUUUCCGGAAUAUUGUGCUGAGGGAAAGAAUCGAUAUCGUUCAUGGACAUGCUUCUUUGUCAAGUCUGUGCCAUGAGGCGAUUUUGCAUGCUAGGACGAUGGGACUGAGGACCGUGUUUACGGAUCAUAGUCUGUUUGGGUUUGCGGAUGCGGCGAGUAUCCUUACCAACAAGCUGCUUAAGUUUGCCUUGAGCGAUGUGGACCAUGUUAUCUGUGUUUCUCAUACUUGCAAAGAAAACACCGUCCUGCGCGCCUCCCUCGACCCCCUAAUGGUCUCCGUAAUCCCCAACGCCGUCGUCGCCGAGAACUUUCGACCCCUAGGCUAUCCCUCCUCCACCCCUCCCUCAUCCAUCUCCAUUCCCACCCCCAUGGGCCUCCCCCCACCCCAUCCCUCUUCCUCCCUAACCCCCCCGCGCCGCAUCCUGGGCCCGCACGAUCCCAUAACAAUAGUAGUAAUCUCCCGCCUCUUCUACAACAAAGGCACCGACCUGCUCACCGCCGCGAUCCCGCGUAUCUUGGCCGCGCACCCCAACACGCGCUUCAUCAUCGCCGGCUCCGGCCCCAAAUCGAUCGACCUCGAGCAAAUGAUUGAGCAAAACGUGUUGCAAGACCGGGUAGAAAUGCUCGGUCCGGUCAGGCACUCCGAGGUGCGCGACGUCAUGGUUCGGGGCCACAUUUACCUGCACCCCUCUCUAACCGAAGCCUUUGGCACCGUCAUCGUCGAGGCUGCGAGCUGCGGGUUAUAUGUCGUCUGCACGCAAGUGGGCGGUAUCCCCGAAGUCCUGCCGGGGCACAUGACCGUGUUUGCCAAACCGGAGGAAGACGACCUAGUCGCCGCCACGGGGAAAGCCAUCGCUGCGUUGCGGCGCAACGAAGUGCGAACAGAAUUAUUCCACGAACAAGUUAAAAACAUGUACUCUUGGACCAACGUCGCGGAACGCACCGAGCGCGUGUACAACGGCAUCAGCGGAGCCAUUUCCGAAGCGGAAUUCUACGGGUACGACCACCUGAAAGACCGAAACGGGAGUAACGGGUGGACGGCGGUGACGGCCACGCGGGGGAUGAGGAGCGGGGUGCAGAGUUUUGCGCUGAUUGAUCGACUCAAAAGGUAUUAUGGGUGUGGAGUGUGGGCGGGCAAACUUUUCUGUGUGUGUGUGAUUAUCGAUUAUUUGAUUUUCUUGUUUUUGGAGCUGGUUUUCCCUAGGGAAAGGAUUGAUAUCUGUCCGGACUGGCCGAGGAAGAAGAAGGUGGUUGACACGAGGGGGGAGGGAGGCGGGUUGGAAUGGGGGGAUGUGGAGGAUUAUCGAAGGCGGUCGAGGCCGAGUCGGUUGAGGUGAGGGUGUGGGUAUCAUUUGGUUGGUGGUCAUGUAAUCAUGUUAUUAGCGAUGCCUGUUUUGGAAAUACUAAUUAGAGAUCUUGUUCGUUCGA